GCUGGGCGUCGCUGCCGGUCCUUGUGCGAAAUGGAGGGGACGGCUGUGGCUGUCUGUGAGAUUUUGAAAUAUUUAAUAAUUCACUGGAAGUGUGAAACAGCAAAUGGAGCAUUGCUAGAAGGACAGCUAGUGAUUUCCAUAGAAGCAUUAAAUUCUAAGCAACAGGAAAAUACUCUUCAUUGUGUAACAACUAUUGCUUCUUCAGAAAGCAUAUAUGGUGGUUUGGUCUACAGGAACUUCCUAAAAGAAAUGCAAUCUAUACUGCCUGGAUCCUCUGCAAAACUGAAUUGGACUUCAGAGGAAGUCAGCUAUUCUCAGGACAUUUCAAGGGUAACACCUUUCCAGAUGACUUUUGAGGUUGAUGAAAAGCCAAGAACUUUGAUGACAGAUAGUCUGGUUAUAAAGAAUUUUUUACGCAAAAUUGUCAUGGUGCACCCUAAGAUUAGAUUUAAUUUCAGUGUAAAGGUGAAUGGUAUCCUCUCCACGGAAAUCUUUGAACCAAAAUUUGGUACAACUCAAUUACUCUGCAGCAGAAUCCAUCCUGUACUAGGACAUCCAGUAAUGCUUUUCAUCCCCAAUGACGUGGCUGGCGUGGACUUGUUGGGAGAGCUGAUACUGACUCCAGCUGCUGCUGUGUGUCCCUGCCCAAAGAUCUCUUCCAACCAGCUGAUGAAUAGGAUUUCUUCAGUUUCCAUAUUUCUAUAUGGACCUUCGGGUCUGCCUCUGAUAUUGCCAAGCCAGGAACAAUCAAUUACUACUGUCUUCAAAGAUACCUCUUAUUUCAUUGACUGGAAGAAGUACCACUUGUGUGUGGUGCCCAGUUUGGAUCUCAAUUUGGAUAGAGAUAUGGUGCUUCCAGAUGUGAGUUAUCAGGUGGAAUCCAGCGAGGGGGAUCAGUCUCAAAAUAUGGACCUUCAGGGGCAAACUCUGCUGCUCAUUCUCUUUGUGGAUUUCCACAGUCAGUGUCCAGUCCAGCAAAUGGAACUCUGGGGAAUUCACACUUUGCUCACAGCUCAUCUCAGUACCAUCCUCCAAGAGAGCCACAGCGUGGUGCAAGAUUCCAUCCAGUUUGCUGUGGACCAGGCCUUGGAGCAGCAUCACCAGGCUGCCAAGGUUCAUCAGAAACUCCAGACCUCACUCUCUGUGGCUGUGAAUUCCAUCAUGAGUAUUGUGACUGGCAGCACCAGCUGCAGCUUCCGAAAGAUCUGCCUUCAGGCUCUUCAAGCAGCUGACACACAGGAGUUUGGGACCAAACUGCACAAAUCAUUUUAUGAAGUCACCCAGCACCAAGUUCUUCACCACUGCUCAUGUGAGGUGAAGCAGCAACUGCACCCAGAGAAAAAUGAUACAGAGGAGAGCACAGAGGGUGCACAUGAGAACAGCAGCCCGGAGCUCCAUGCAGGGACCAGCGGGCAAGUAGCCAACAAGAAGUUUAAGAAGGGCAGCCUCCACCAGGUCCUGGAGGGAACAUGGGCUUUCCCCUCUGCCAGGGCCCCGAGUCCGUCAGAGCCUCCUCUGCGGCGUGGGGAGCCCCCCGCGGCCUCCAUGACUCCUAGCGGAAGCAGGGCGGACCCCGGGAACGGCCCGGAGGACGCACUGUGGCUGCAGGAAGUCUCCAACCUGUCCGAGUGGCUGAGUCCCAGCCCCUGAGCCAAGCGCUCUCCCCCGCGCCUCCGCAUCGGCUUGGCAGAUGUUGAGGACACGUGUAGUCUGUUGUUCAAUAAACCUGCUCCGUGAGCUCUGGGUUUGUUUCAGUGUCGAGGGCGGGGCCGAGGACCCGCGCCGCCGGAUGACGUAACCAGAGCUUCCCGCAGGCGCGGGCCGAGAC